UCUCCACAGUCCUGGCAGGGCCGCCAUUUUUGCAAAGGGAAAAGAGACUGCUUUUGAGGGGGAUCUAAUUUCUAAAAGUCGCUCUUUGCCCAGCGAAUAGUUUGUUUUUAACGCUUCCCCCCCUCAAUUGCUACGCCGACCCGGGCCUCCAUCUUCCCUUGGGCAGCACCAGAGGCGGCGGGGAUUUUUGGACAGGAGACGAGUAUCUCGAGGACGAGGCGACAAUCCAAAGGUUUUCGAGCUUUUUGCUAGUGAUCCGCAGUGUGUGGACACAAGUAUUGUUUUGGUUGUGGAGGCUGUGUGGACAGCGGCGAGGGUCUUGCCCUGCUCCCUUAUUCGUUCCCUGGACCCCCCUCCCCUCCCCCCAAACGUGGAUAUUACACGGCCUUGUGGAUGCACUUAGAUGUCUGCAAUGACUGCUGUGGAUGGCAUGCCUCAGUGUUUUGGACUGCCAUUCUCUGGACUCAGUAGGACAAGAACUGAUCAGCAGAGAACGUCAUGAGCAUAGUCAUCCCCGUGGGGGUGGACACAGCAGUAGACGCCUCGUACCUGGACAUGGCGGCAGGCUCGGAACCAGAGUCAGUGGAGGCCAGCCCCGUGGUGGUAGAAAAGUCCAGCUACCCGCACCAGAUCUACAGCAGCAGCUCUCACCAUUCCCACAGUUACAUCGGCCUGCCUUAUGCUGACCAUAACUAUGGGGCGCGGCCCCCGCCCACGCCGCCGGCCUCGCCUCCCCCCUCCAUGUUGAUCCGGCAGGGCGAUGGCGGGUUGUUUGUUCCGGGCGGCCAGGACGAAGCAUCCACAGGUACUACGCUCAGCACCUCCGAGGAUGGCAGCUACGGGGCCGACAUCACCCGCUGCAUCUGCGGCUUCACGCACGACGACGGCUACAUGAUCUGCUGCGACAAGUGCAGCGCCUGGCAGCACAUCGACUGCAUGGGCAUCGACAGGCAGAACAUUCCUGAGACAUACCUGUGCGAGCGCUGCCAGCCGAGACACCUGGAUCGGGAGAGGGCCGUUCUUCUGCAGACGAGGAAACGGGAAUGUUUGUCGGUAGAUGGGGACACCAGCGCCACGGAGAGUGGGGAUGAGGUGCCUCUGGAGCUCUACUCCACCUUCCAGCACACGCCCACCACCAUCACCCUCACCACCGGGCGACUCGGCACCAAGCAGGUGGAUAAGAAGCGCAAGAAGAGCGGCGACAAGGACCCCCCGGCAUCUUCUGCACGAGCCAAGAAGGCCUUCCGAGAGGGCUCCAGAAAGUCCUCGAGAGUAAAGGGCGCCGCUCCCGAGCAGGAGCCGGCGGAGCACCCGGCGCUGUGGGAGAACAAGAUCAAGACGUGGAUGGAGCGCUAUGAGGAGGCCAGCAGCAAUCAGUACAGCGAGGACGUGCAGGUGCUGCUGCGCGUCAAGGAGCAAGGCGACGGCAAAAGUCUGGCCUACAACACGCACCUGGCCUCCUUCAAGCCCCCGGUGGAGAGUCAAGUUCAAAAGAACAAGAUCAUCAUCAAGGCCAUGAGGGACUUGGCCCCGGAUUCCCUCAUCAUCGAGUACAGGGGCAAGUUUAUGCUUCGGCAGCAGUUUGAAGCCAACGGAUACUUCUUCAAAAGACCGUACCCCUUUGUGUUAUUCUACUCCAAAUUCGACGGACUGGAGAUGUGUGUGGACGCGCGUUGUUUCGGCAACGAGGCGCGCUUCGUCCGCCGCUCCUGCACCCCCAACGCAGAGGUGCGGCACCUCAUUGAGGACGGCAUGUUGCAUUUGUACAUCUAUUCGCUGAGGCCCAUCACCAAAGGCACAGAGAUCACCAUCGGUUUCGAUUACGACUUCGGCAGCUGUAAAUAUAAGGUGGACUGUGCCUGCGUGAAGAGCAACCCCGAGUGCCCCGUGCUCAAGCACAACCUGGAGCCCACCGAGAACCUGGGGUCCGGCGGGCGGCGGCGGAACAGCCGCAAGGACAAGGACCCUGGCCGGGAGGACCUGGGCCAGAACCAGAACAUGGGCGUGGACUGCGAGGGGAAGGGCAAGAACGUGGGCGACUGCAAGCAGAGGAAACUGUCUCCCCUACGACUCUCCAUCUCAAACAACCAGGAUCCCGACUUAUUUGAGGAUCUAGAAGACAAAACGUCCAUUAGCAAUGAAGUAGAGAUGGAGUCAGAGGAACAGAUUGCGGAGAGGAGGAAGAAGAUGACGCGAGAGGAGCGGAAGAUGGAGGCCAUCCUGCAGGCCUUCGCACGCAUGGAGAAGCGGGAGAAGAGGCGGGAGCAGGCGCUGGAACGGAUCGGCAGCGUCAAGCCCGAGCUCGGGGGACGCAGCGACAUCAAGGAGGAGCCGCCUGCCACUCCGGAGACGGCAGACUCCCCGUCUGUCGUACAGCCGCCUCUUCUAGAGGUGAAAGAGGAGCCGGGGUUGAAGCCAGCCAAGGUCAAAGGCUCGCGGAACAGGAAAAGCUUCUCCAGGAACCGCACACACAUCGGCCAGCAGCGGCGGCGAGCUCGCACCAUCAGCACCUGCUCCGACCUGGCCCCUGGCUCUCCGGUGGAGCCCGUGGAGCCUCUGACCACCGAACCUCUCGAGGGGGAGCCGCCCAGUGCGCCGGAGCCCGAGGCAGUUGCCGCCCAGCCGCCGGACGCCAGCCCCCCGCAGAGCAGCUCGCCGGCGCCCGACCGAAACCGCUCCGGGAGCAAGAAUUUUAAAACUAAAAAGCACUUUGUCAGCGAAUGGGUGGGCGAGAAGCAGCCGGAUCGCUUGGCGGCGCGCACCCCGGAGCCGGCGCCCGAGCGGCCGCUGCGGAUCAGCAGCGACCCCGAAGUCCUCGCCACCCAGCUCAACGCCCUGCCGGGCCUGGCCUGUUCGCCGCAGGUCUACAGCACACCCAAACACUACGUCCGCUUCUCCUCGCCAUUCCUGGCCAACCGCAGCCCCACCACACCCGGCGUCCCCACCGGGAGACGCCGCUCCAGAGAAAUGCCCGAAAUGCCUCCGACCACCGGUUCCUGCAAGAAGCGAUGGUUAAAGCAGGCGCUCGAAGAGGAGGGAUCCACCAGUCCGGCCCGAAGACCCAGUCUCUUCGUGCCCAGCGAGGGUCCUCUCAGCCCCUGCAUUAACGGAGACUCAGACAGCCCCCUCCCUUACAACGGCUCCCUUUCACUGCCAGAGUUGCCAACGCCUUUGAAAAAGCGCCGCUUGAGUCCCCUCGACGCCUGCAUGUCGGAGAGCUCCACGCCCUACGGCUCACCUUGUGCCACGCCCACCCGGGCCGACCAAUCGGAGACAUCCGCGCCGCCCGUGCUGACCUCCACGCCGCCGAAGCCUCGGACCGAAGAGCCCGUAGCGGAGCAUUUCGCCAGCACCCCAACGCAAACACUUACAACCCAGGAGAGUGAAUCAUCAACGGAAAGCUCGCCAGACGUCAGCACGAAAGCAAAUUUGUUAGAGGUUAGCAACCAGGCAGAUCGUCCUCCUUCGCUGAUCCCGUCUCCCUCCAGUCGGACACCGAGCUCCGACGUUCUCCCGCCCGAAGCCAAGACGUCAGUACCCGAGAGUCCGCAGCUGCCCCCUGUUGUAGAGUGUGCGGACGUAGCGGAGGAGUGGGCGGACGUUGGGGCGGCGGAGGGCGGCGCGGGCGGCGAGGCUUCCUCCUCUGCCGAAACGUGUGCUUCCUCGUCCUUCCCCGGCUGGAUCAAGAGCCCGGAAAGAUGCCCGACGGCACCCGCCGGCCUCAGCUUCUCCCCCGUCAACUCCAACCUUAGGGACCUCACCCCCUCGCACACCUUGGAACCCCUGCAGACUCAUUUCAGACCCGACGCUGCGGCAGGGCCCGCGGCGUUAGCGGCGGCCUCCCAGCCGGCCUUCAGUGAGAGCCAGGGGCCGCUCUUCUACCCCUGCACGGAAGACGCAGGCGCGGCCGGCUUCUCGCGCUCGCUCAAUGGCGACGAGGGAGGCGGGUCUGCGCAGAAUCCCCCCCAGAAGAAGAAGGUCUCCCUGCUGGAAUACAGGAAGCGGCAGCGCGAAGCUCGCCGCAGCGGCUCCAAGAUGGAGUGUGGCUCCCCUGUGUCCACUGUGCCCCCUCUGAGCAUGGACGUUUUCCCCGUUGUCGCCAUGGAAACCAGCAGUGAGGCCUCCUUACCUCCGCCGCCUCCUCCUCCUCCACCUCCCCCUCCUUCUUCUGCAGCACUUUGCAGCGCCAAGGAGCUGUCGUCCGCGGAGGAGUCGGAGGGUGCGGGAGAGAGGGAAGGGGGAGAGGGACAAUGGACGUCCUCCACGUCUGUCGAGCAGGCUCGCGAGCGCGGCUACCACAGAGCUUUGCUGCUCAGCAAAGACAAAGAUGCAGAUGGUGAAGCCGAGGGUGGAGAGACACCAACACCGAGGGACUGCGCAUCUCCCGGACCCCAGAAGACCCCUACUCACGCACCGGGCUCUCCUGGUCCAGUCGCUUCCGCGUUGCCCUCAAGCUGGAAAGAGGAAGAUGGCGACGGUCCUCCUCGAGCAGCGAACCAGACCCUGCAGCUGCCCGCCAAGUCCAAAUCGGCGCCCGUCACCCCGACCAAGCUGCACCCGCCGCCGCCCUCCUCCCCCGUGCACUACCCAGUGCAGGCGCACCUCCACGCGCAGCCUCAGGGCACGCCCUACCGCAGCCAGAGGGCGCUCUUCUCCUCCCUGUCCCAAAACCAAAGCACCGGCCAAGCCCCGGCGCCUUCGUUCGUCCAGUACAACGUGCAGGGCGCGCCCCCGCCACCGCCACCGCCCCCGCCUCCUCCCCCGGCGCCGCCCGCCUCCACGGCCUACUUCCCCGCUCAGACUGCCCCCUCGGCGGGCCCCUUCUCUGGAUUCAAAGCAGCGGUGACACCCUCCUACCCGCCGGGCUCUCAGGCCCUGAUGCAGACUCUUCCCCGCAGCGUGCACUACCAGACCUCGGCCGCCCCGCCUCCGCCCCCGCCGCCGCCACCCCCCCACCCCAUGUCUGGCCCCGCCCUGCUACACGUCAACCUGCAGCCCACCCCCAUCCAGCAGAUCAUGCUGACCGCCGCCCCCACGUUGGCCCAGGGCCAGCCCUCGACGCACCAGCAGCCGCCCCUGUCCCUCACCCCGCCCCCGCCGCCGCCGCCGCCGCCACAACCCGUCCGGCGGCGCCCAGAUGCAGCCCCACCACUUUCAGAACUUGGCCGGGUUUCAGACCACGUUGCUCGCCAACCCCUCGGUGCCCCCGUCCGCGUAUCCCCCAUCCCUUCAGCAGACCGGACUGCCGCCGCCCCCGCCUCCACCCCCACAACAGACUCAGCAGGGCUCAGCUCCGACCGCCGCAACCAAGCUGCCCGCCGGGGCCCGCGGAGCACCCGCCUCCUCAACGCCCUUCCACACUUCGGGUUACCUGAGCACAGGGUGGCACUGAGGAGGUUUUGGGACGAGGCUAGGGUUGCAAAGGGGCGGAGCUUUCUGGUAAAUUUCCAAGGGAAAAGCUUCCAAGUUGGAAAUUUUCCAUGAGUAUUGAUGGGAAUUAACUGAGGCUAAUUUAAUUUUGUACUGUACUGUGAGCCAAACUUCAGUUUAGUAAAUUCCUGAUUUAUUCCUGUUAAUUCCCAUGGAAAUGUUCCCACUUUGAAAAUUACCGUAAUUUUGCAACCCUAGACAAGCGGCAGUGUAGAUACGUUUUCUAUGGCCAGUGGAAAAACAGCUGAUUGUUGGAUAAAAGGGUAUUUAAGUAAGGAAAAAAAAGGACUGACAAACUGUAAAAGAUGGACAACCCCACGUGGUGCUCUAAGCGGUCUUCUCGUUUUCUACUUCCUUCCUGCGACGGGUGGAGGGGGGCUUGACUGUUGUGCGUCUCAUUCGGGCUCCUGUUCUGUUGUCCCACCCGCACUUUUGUUUAGCAAUGGACAUUCCAGCCUUUACCCCUCCUCCUCCUCCUCCUCCUUCUUCUUUCUUCUUGUCAGUCUGUUGUCUCUGUUCUUUUUCUUUUAAUCUAGCCGCGCGUUAUAGCUUUUUUUUGUAUAGAAAAAAGACAUAUUUUUUUUAAUUCCUCCGUCUAACAUCAGAAAUCUGUUGAGCGCCGCAGAAAACAAUUUGCGGGAGACGGUGGCCUCACCACCUCGGCGGGCUGCGGUUCUGUUCGUGUGUAUGGUGGUCUUCCGAGGUGGGCCGAGCACCUCUCCCGUAGGUUUAUUUUUUUUUAAAUGGAGCGUUACUUGUAGAAAGUGUAAUUAAAUGUAUAAUAGAUGCCGGCUUUCACCAGGAACACGUUUGUAAAUAUCGGCUUUCUUUUUUUUUUUUUCUACGCCUGUACAAAUCGCUGCCCCUCCCCCCCCACCAUUUUUCAAACAUGGUUGUACAUACGAGCGCUCUUCUUGGCAAAGCUGAAUGUUUCCGUGUGUAGCAUUUAUUUUUUAUUUUUUAUUUUGACCCUCUCUGGACUUUUCAACUUUGUCCUGUUUUUUAUUAUUAUUAUUAUUAUUAUUAUUAUUAUUAUUUGUGUGUGAGUGUGUUUGUGCCAAGGGGAGGAGCUCACAGACACUGCACUGGUUGGCUCUUUUCAUGGUUCAUUAUAAUAAAUCACUGUUAUGACAGUUUCAUAAACAC